CACCUCCCGCCCUCACUAACCGGGCCAAUUGGAAAUGUUUCUACAACUGUGAUCUUUUUCUCUGAGACAGAGUGCAGUGUAGGGUUUUGCACCAGCCCACCUUACCUAAUCUCUCUCUUCUCCUUCCUAUCUCACUCGCUCCAGGUUAGGACUUCCAGGUGGUGAACUCUCUGGAUGUCAUGCAUGCUGUAAAGGGUGGUUGGGUUGGGCAAACAUUUGCCCUAGCUAGAAGCAAUGAGUCUGAAGGGAGAAAGUCCCGAAUUAGGCUUUCCAAGAAAGAGAGGAAGGCGAUGGUCGAGUCCUUUAUAAAGAAGUAUCAAACGUUAAACAAUGGGAGUUUUCCAUCACUUAAUCUUACCCACAAGGAGGUGGGUGGGUCUUUCUACACAGUACGAGAAAUCGUCAGGGAUAUAAUCCAAGAAAAUAGGGUUCUAGGUCCUGCUAAGUUAAGUGGAGAUGGUAAAAGCACCAAUCAGUUGGAAGAAUACCCGCUGGGUUCAAUUGCUAUGGCUCCUCAAUAUCAUUUGACACAAUUAUCAAAUGGAUCUCAAAUAAUAACGGAUGAAUACCAUGGAAGUAAUGAAGAACCAAAUUUGGUUAAUGGGCAUCAUGCUGUACUUGAAGACAAGGUGUUUGACAAUGGCCAAGUUGUCAAUAUUACUAUUGAGAGAGGAUUGAGUGAGCCAAAAGAUGUAGAGAUGCAAGGGCAGAGAUUUAUGGAAUUAGAGCAGAAUGGUGAUGAUCAAUCUAACAAGGAAGCAGAUUUAGUUUCAGAUGGGAAUUAUGCUUGUCCUGGACAAGAGGAAGUUGACAGCGAGCAUGUUAUCAAUGGCAUUCAGGUUGAUGUGAGAAAUAUAGAAUCUCAGGAACAGAAUGCAGCAGAGCUGCAUUCAAGUGAACUUUCUGAAGCAGAGAAUGCUGAAGAAUCAACAGCUUCUAGGUCUAAAGUGACACGUAUAGCUGCAGAUGUAACAGUUGAGACAUUUCCUCUGAAGCCUGCUACUACGACAGCAGGUGAGUUUGAUAGAAGCUCCAAUGAACUAUCUAAUGUAGCACAUUCUUUUGAUAAACAAGACCUUGUAAAAGUGGAUCUAGCAACUGAUACUGGGAGUUCUCAGACAGAUGGCAUAGAGUCCUUAAAAAGUUCUAGUUUGAUGGAUGAGAAAAACAUGACAAAUAUUUCUAAUAGUUUAGAUGAUAACAAGUCUGGCUUGGUGAAUGCGGAAGAAAUGGAGAAACAUGGAGAUCCAUCUUUGGAAAGCUCAAGGUGCUCUAACAAAAGUACUGGACAUGAAAUUCAAGAUUUGAAUGGCAACGAUGUUAAAGUAUCUAGCAACGAUGUAACGGCAGUAACCAUUGAAAAAAGCCAGGCAAUUUCAGGAGCUAAGGCUGUAAACGUUCCAAAUGGCAUCAAUGUGAAGUAUAUUGACAAGAGUGUUGGUAAAUCUGAGUAUUUGAAAACUGAGAAGGAGCUGAAUGAAAAUGAAGUUGAUGCUCAACAAGUUGGCAAGCCCCAGAAAGGAAGUAAUCCAACUUUAGAUAGAAUCAAUCUUGAAUCUUGGGGAGGGGCCUCUAAGAACCCUGGAAAACCAGAAGGCAACCCAAUAUGGGUCGUUUUUAAGGUGUUUGUAGAUGCCUUUGUGAAGUUUUGGUCUGAAUAAUGUUUCUUCAGACUGAUGCUUAAAAUUUUGUUGCUAUGCUCAUGAAUUGAUUGUAUAUCUGAUAAAAUGAUGUUGAUUUCACUGAGUGACUCUGCUUUUGUGUUUA